AUGGCAGGGUCUGCUUUAAGACGGUUAAUGACGGAGUACAGGGAGCUGUUCCACAAUGCGCCUCACGGUGUGGUAGCUGGACCUGCUGCAGAGGACAACUUCUUCGAGUGGGAUGUUCUCAUCCAGGGACCGGAGGGCUCGCCGUACGAGUUUGGAGUAUUUCCAGCUAGACUCAGCUUCCCCACUGAUUACCCCCUCAGCCCGCCAAAAAUGAGGUUCUCAGUGCCACUAUUCCACCCUAACGUGUACUCGUGCGGUAAGGUGUGUAUCAGUAUCCUACACCCACCUGGAGACGACCCCCUGGGCUACGAGCACUCUUCAGAGAGGUGGUCUCCUGUACAGAGUGUGGAGAAGAUACUCCUCUCUGUUAUCAGCAUGUUGGCUGAGCCGAACCCGGAAAGUGGGGCUAAUGUUGACGCUUGUAAGAUGUGGCGAGACAACAGGGACGGGUUCCUGAGGGAAGCUGAUAAAGCUGUCAGACGUACUCUGGGACUCUGAAGUUAGAAGUAGUACACGUGCAAACUGCGCCGCGCACAGACGUACUCUUGGACUCUGAAGUUAGAAGUAGUACACGUGCAAACUGCGCCGCGCACAAUGUCGCGUGUAUUGUAUGAUUUCGUGCCAGUUUUGAGGAGGAGAAGAAUUCAAGAAAGAUCGGAUAUGUGAGAAAACAUCCCUCUUAUCUGUGAACUACAAACAUGAUUAUUAAAUCACUGACAUCGAUUGGGCUUCAUUUAAAUGACUUCGUUUAAGAUACCUAUUAAAUUGUACAAUUAUAUUGAUUCGAUAAGUAGCCAUUACUAUAAGAUAAGCUGUAGAAUUACGGAAAUUAUGUAGUUUUAAGCCACUAAUUAUCUUGUAUGCGCUGGUUACUCAUUUACUGAUGUAUUAGUGUAAAGUGUUGAUUUAAUGAAUUACUGUGCUGUAGUCCGAAUUUUCUUUGCUGCUAA